UAACACCUAAAUUAACUGUGUUUUCUCUUGCAGGAGCAGGAAGGAAAUUAGCAGCUGCUGGAACAAUCACUGUUGUUCUCCUGGCUAUCAUUUCCCUGUCUGUCUUCCUGUGGAUCAGAAAAAAGAGGGCUUCCAAGGAACCUUCUGAUCCUGAAGAGAGAGCAGACAACAGGGAACAGCUGAGAAUAGGACAGCCGGAGGAGCAGGAGGACCUUCAGUCGACAAGGGUCCACUUCUCCAACAACCAGGCAGAUCCUCUCUACUCCAACAUCAGAGCAGCUCGGCCCCUCAGACACAUGGAGCAACAAGAAUUCAUUGAGUACGCUGCUGUCAGCUUUAACAGGGCCAGUACUGCCCCGAGAACCAGAGGUCAGGAAACUAGAGAGGAUCCAGCUGCAUUGUACAGCACAGUCAACAGAACCUGAUGAGCACAGCAGUCAUUAUAUUUAUAGUCUGAUAUUUCCAUGUGUCCUUAUAAAGUUUGUAUUUAAGCAGGUAACCAUUGAUUUUAUAUAAAUAUAUCUCUCAGGAUGGUCCUCUCCAAGAAUAUACCAUAGAGACAAUUAUAUAUCUUGGACAAAGUGUAUUCUUUUACUCUGCAUUGAUCAGCUCUGAACAGUGUCUUAUUUCAUGACUAAAUGUAUUAAAUUGUUGUGUAACAUGCUUUUUACAGUCACCUGAUACAUGAAAGUUCAAUAUUCAGAGACUUUUUAUCUUUUAUAUAUUCAUCUCUAACAACUAUCCUCGUGCAGGUGGUAAAACAUACCUGAAGUAGUUGUUGCAACAGGAGAUGUGAUACCUCUCAGGCUUUGGAGCUCCUUUUAUAUCUGAAAUACUUUGUGAAUUACUCUUAAAGAUAGGACUCACAUGUCACACAUAUGGUUAGGAGUUUCAUCUAACUCAGUCAGUUAGGGGCUACUUUAGCGUGCAGGUGUUUUGUGAAUAUGGCCUCGGCUUUAGUUCAGAAGGAGGAGUUAAAGUGAUAUCCAACAUCAGUUUGUGAUGAAAGAGUCUCUGUCAAUCACAGUUAUUGAAAGUAGAACUGCGAGUGAUAAACUCAAAUAAAAACAGCUGGAUUGUAAAAUGUUGUUUCUGGGUCCUGAUUCAGUAUCUCUGAUGUUUCACUGCCGUCUAGUGGGGAAGCUUAAGUGUGACACAUUGAGGCGUCAUCACUCUGAGUGCCCCCUCUGUCUGCUUUAAAGGAUCACAGAGGAAAGACAUGUUUAAAGACGACGUCCUUCUUCAGUCCUCACAGAGAGAUGAGAGGAGCAGCUAUGAGUUUAAGUGCAGCAGCGAGUGGAUUUGUUGUCUUCCUUCUCUCUGUGUCAGUGGUACCGGGACAGGAUGUCUGGGGAGUGACUUACACCUCUACUGAGAUCUGUGCCUUAAAAGGAUCAACAGUGGACAUAAGUUGCACCUACGGAUACCCAUCCAGGAUAAAUGACCAUGAUACUGAAGUUGAGAAAGAAAUUUGGUUCACUAAAAUGAAUGGAAAUGAAUUUGUGGAUCUGAGAACAGACUCCGAGUAUUCAGGUCGCGUGGAGUACAGCUGUCAUUAUAAGAACUGCACUCUGAGAAUCACAGACCUGAGAGAGAGCGACUCAGCUGAGUACAAGUUCAGAUUCAUAACAAACCUUUCAACAGGGAAAUAUACUGGUUCACCUGGAGUCACUUUGUCUGUUACAGAUCUCCAGGUGCAGGUGAGCAGAUUAUUGGUCUACGAGUCUUAUAACUGGGUAGAUCUGAAGUGUCACAGCAGUUGUCGUCUACCUGAUCAUCUUCACUACGUCUGGUACAAGAAUGGACAGAAGAUUUGGAGAAGAACAUCUUCAUUUUCAGUCUAUGUUUAUCCUACAGACAGCUAUUCCUGUGCUGUAGAAGGAUAUGAGAAGUUCCCCUCUCCUCCAGUGUAUGCUCCAAGGGUUCCCUCUGUGUCAGUGAGUCCCUCUGGUGAGAUAGUGGAGGGCAGUUCAGUGAAUCUGACCUGUAGCAGUGAUGCUAACCCAACAAGUUCUUAUACCUGGUACAAAGAGAAUGGAAAUCCAGACCUUCAACCUCUCAGUAAAGAACCACAGCUUGUCUUCAGGUCCAUCCAGUCCUCUGACUCUGGAGAGUAUUACUGUACAGCUGAGAACAAACUGGGAAAGAAGACAUCUAACUACAUCUCUAUUAAUGUGAAAUAUGGUCCAAAGCCUCCCUCUGUGUCAGUGAGUCCCUCUGGUGAGAUAGUGGAGGGCAGUUCAGUGAAUCUGACCUGUAGCAGUGAUGCUAACCCAGCAGCUAAUUAUACCUGGUACAAGAAGAACCAAACACUGUUUCAAGGAACAGAAGGUAUUCAUCAUUUCACCUCCAUCAGCUCUGAGGACAGAGGGAUCUACCACUGCAAGUCUGAGAAUCAAUAUGGACAGAUCAUGUCAUCGCCUCUAUCAGUAGAUGUCCAGUAUGCUCCGAGGGUUUCCUCUGUGUCAGUGAGUCCCUCUGGUGAGAUAGUGGAGGGCAGUUCAGUGACUCUGACCUGUAGCAGUGAUGCUAACCCAGCAGCUACUUAUACCUGGUACAAGAAGAAUGGAAAUCGAUACCUUCAACCUCUCAGUAAAGAACCACAGCUUGUCUUCAGGUCCAUCCAGUCCUCUGACUCUGGAGAGUAUUACUGUACAGCUGUGAACAAACUGGGAAGGACAUAUAACUACAUCUCUAUUAAUGUGAAAUAUGCUUCGAGGGUUCCCUCUGUGUCAGUGAGUCCCUCUGGUGAGAUAGUGGAGGGCAGUUCAGUGAAUCUGACCUGUAGCAGUGAUGCUAACCCAGCAGCUAAUUAUACCUGGUACAAGAAGAACCAAACACUGUUUCAAGGACCAGAAGGUAUUCAUCAUUUCACCUCCAUCAGCUCUGAGGACAGAGGGAUCUACCACUGCAAGUCUGAGAAUCAAUAUGGACAGAUCAUGUCACCUCCUCUAUCAGUAGAUGUCCAGUAUGCUCCGAGGGUUCCCUCUGUGUCAGUGAGUCCCUCUGGUGAGAUAGUGGAGGGCAGUUCAGUGACUCUGACCUGUAGCAGUGAUGCUAACCCAGCAGCUACUUAUACCUGGUACAAGAGGAAUGGAAAUCGAUACCUUCAACCUCUCAGUAAAGAACGACAGCUUGUCUUUAGGUCCAUCCAGUCCUCUGACUCUGGAGAGUAUAACUGUACAGCUGAGAACAAACUGGGGAUUGCGACAUCUAAAUACAUCUCUAUUAAUGUGAAAUAUGCUCCGAGGGUUCCCUCUGUGUCAGUGAGUCCCUCUGGUGAGAUAGUGGAGGGCAGUUCAGUGACUCUGACCUGUAGCAGUGAUGCUAACCCAGCAGCUAAUUAUACCUGGUACAAGGAGGAUGAAGACUCACCAAAAGCAUCAGGACAGAACUUCACCAUCACUUAUGUCAGACCUGAACACAGUGGGAAUUAUUACUGUGAAGCCCAGAACAGAAGAGGAUGUCAUAACUCCACCUUACAUCUGACUGUUGUAGCAGGAGCAGGAGGGAAAUUAGCAGCUGCUGGAACAAUCACUGUUGUUCUCCUGGCUAUCAUUUCCCUGUCUGUCUUCCUGUGGAUCAGAAAAAAGAGGGCUUCCAAGGAACCUUCUGAUCCUGAAGAGAGAGCAGACAACAGGGAACAGCUGAGAAUAGGACAGCCGGAGGAGCAGGAGGACCUUCAGUACGCCAGCGUCCACUUCUCCACCAAGCAGGCAGAUCCUCUCUACUCCAACAUCAGAGCAGGUCGGCCCCUCAGACACAUGGAGCAACAAGAAGUCAUUGAGUACGCUGCUGUCAGCUUUAACAGGGCCAGUACUGCCCCGAGAACCAGAGGUCAGGAAACUAGAGAGGAUCCAGCUGCAUUGUACAGCACAGUCAACAGAACCUGAUGAGCACAGCAGUCAUUAUAUUUAUAGUCUGAUAUUUCCAUGUGUCCUUAUAAAGUUUGUAUUUAAGCAGGUAACCAUUGAUUUUAUAUAAAUAUAUCUCUCAGGAUGGUCCUCUCCAAGAAUAUACCAUAGAGACAAUUAUAUAUCUUGGACAAAGUGUAUUCUUUUACUCUGCAUUGAUCAGCUCUGAACAGUGUCUUAUUUCAUGACUAAAUGUAUUAAAUUGUUGUGUAACAUGCUUUUUACAGUCACCUGAUACAUGAAAGUUCAAUAUUCAGAGACUUUUUAUCUUUUAUAUAUUCAUCUCUAACAACUAUCCUCGUGCAGGUGGUAAAACAUACCUGAAGUAGUUGUUGCAACAGGAGAUGUGAUACCUCUCAGGCUUUGGAGCUCAUUUUAUAUCUGAAAUACUUUGUGAAUUACUCUUAAAGAUAAGACUCACAUGUCACACAUAUGGUUAGGAGUUUCAUCUAACUCAGUCAGUUAGGGGGCUACUUUAGCGUGCAGGUGUUUUGUGAAUAUGGCCUCGGCUUUAGUUCAGAAGGAGGAGUUAAAGUGAUAUCCAACAUCAGUUUGUGAUGAAAGAGUCUCUGUCAAUCACAGUUAUUGAAAGUAGAACUGCGAGUGAUAAACUCAAAUAAAAACAGCUGGAUUGUAAAA